AUGAAGUCUUUGAGUCAAUUCAAAAAGCGCCAGCAGGUGACCAUCGAUGAGAGCCAUUUGAAUGGCAGCGCUAUUCCUACUCUUCCGAGUACUUUCAGUGUUCAUGACUUUCACAGCUUUGGUAUUUACGGUAAUGCGAUGGCUCCGGGAUUGCACUUUCAUUUAACGGCCAGCAUUAAUGCUGAGACUGACAUCCCAUUAGUGCCGAGUAUGUCGACCAACAUUAAUGGCGCCGACAGUUCAACAAAACCAAGUUUUGUGAUGCAUUGGCUCAACAAUAAAGAGAUGUUUUUCACGCAAUCAGCAGAAAAGAUAUUACAAGACAUCAGUUUAAAAAUAAUUCAAAACGAAUCCACUUUAGCCUACAGUGAUGUGGGAAGCGAUACGGGAGAGGCUGAUGGCGGAGACACUGAUGAAACAGACGGCGCCAGCGUUAUCACCGCUGAAUCCAAGUCCAAGAUUAAGAAACACAUUCCUCCCACCGUUAAAAAGAGUGGGAAACACAUCAACAAAGCCUUAUCUCACGAUGAAGUUGAACACGAGGACAGCCAUCCGGCCGGCAGUCGACAGAGCUUUCAUACGACUUCUUCCUCCACCUCUUUGGCCACAGAAAUGAACGCAACGAAUAUCACACAUCAGUCACAGUUAGGAGAUCUGUUAGAUCGCAAACUGGAAGCAUUGAUAAGAGAGUGGCACUCGAACUCUGACCUCCUCUUUAGUAUUCAUCCAUUGGAUGGAAGUCUUCUCGUUUGGCUAAUCGAGUGGUUGGAUGAGUCGAGUCCGAGUUCCUUCCGUCAGCCGCAAAUCAACUUCUCUUCGCGAAUCCCGAACGCCAUACCCCUCGGAGACGCGGCCACAAUGUCUCAUAACAUCGCUCUGUAUUCUCCAAACUUUUAUUUGGACUUAAAAUCCGUACAUUUGCCCAAUUCUUCGUCACUUACAUUAGACAUUCAGUCCAAAGACACCAACAAAGCGACGCCAAUAAACACCGAUACGACUGCACCUACUGUUCAGACGCCGGUUGUCUGUAUGCUAACUAAACAUAUCAAUGGAUCAAUGAAUUUAUGGAAUGUGGGCUUUGGAGAGGGAUCUCAUUUUACACAAGUGCUCAGCAUUAGUCACAGUUCACGAGUCUGUGGACAUCGUUUCCGCGUAAAUGACGUGACUUGUCAUCCAGUCUUACCACUCCUGUUGACCACUUCUCACCACAAUUUGCCUGGAAUUUUGCCUAUAAAUGAUGAGACAAGUAAUUCCUCACUCAGUGCGAGUCCAGUCGCUUCGCCCUCUUCUGAAAAAAUAGUCGGACUUCAAAACACAGGCUUUUGCUCUGAACUUAUCCUAUGGAGAGUGGAUCCCGUGGGGCCCCUCUCCAAGUCAGGCGGAGUGACAGAAUUGGCGCGAAUUAAUUCCCUUCAAUUGUCGGCCUUUGCUAACGUCGCUUGGAUUCCGACACUACUUCCCAGCACUACUAUUGGCUCCAUAUCCAACUCUCCCAGUGCUUGCUUCGUGGCCUCUGAUGGCAAACAACUCCGUAUAUAUCAGGCCGUUAUCGACGCGCGAACCCUAUUGGCUGAGGUUUCGUCGGCUGAACGCAAGUCCCGAAAGGGAGACGUGAGUCCAUCAGUGAGUGAUGACAGCACGUCGUCAGAAGCGGGUCAGUACAGACAUGUGGUGAGAGACGCCUUUAAGAUUGUGAGCCUUCAGUCAACUGCCAGACCCGGAUGUGUUCUCGAACUGAACGCCAUUUCAGAUGCGGUUCACGACUGGAAAAACACACAAUUAUUGCAUGAACAGCUUAUUCGAGGCGACAGUUCCGAUGCCUAUCAGUGUUGGAGUGAAAGACAGAAGAGCCAGAAGGGUUUGGCGGACAACAGUUUAGGAGCUGUUGUUGAUCUCAGACAUAGCUCUGUCUUCGAAGAACCCUUUUAUUUGGUUGUAAUCGAAAAGAACGAAAGCCAACAGUCGGUGCUUCACAUGUGGCGGCUGUUGAUUGCAUCCCAACCCCAAACUGAAUCAAAUAAAUAUUCUUACGUUCCGGACAGUAAUAUAAUACAAGAAAACAGCGACCACUCAAACGCUUCCUCCAGAAGCAAUUCAGUUGAUUUGAAUGAAAAGCCCGAAAAUAUCGGUGAAAAGUGUAAUGAGAAUCAAAGCCACAGCCAUUCCAGUGUUGUUUCUCCGCUAAGAAUAACCACCGAAAAGGUCUGCACUCAAGUCCUCCCAUUGCCUCCCGAUGUCGAAGUGAUUCACGCGACCCCUGCGGCCGGACACCUGAGUUCGUCUAACAUAUAUCCGGCGUGUUUUGCUCCGUAUCUGAUAGUCACGGCCUGUAGUGACGGUAAGAUUCGCUUCUGGAGAUGUAGCGAACAAAAUGACGGCACAAGUGAUGUAAAUGACAAAAGUGUUUAUAAUUGGAUGGAAUGGGAAAUGUUGACCAAAAUAGAGGAGUCGAGUGCUUUCGAAGUGCCGGGUCUACCACUGUAUGUCUCGUGUUCCUAUAGCGGUCGAGUUGCCUGUGCCUACAAACAGGGUCAGUCAUUCUCCAGACCCUCGGCCAAGAAUCCCAACAAGAGGUUCAUAAACGUAACGCUCGCUAUAAUUGAAUGCGAGUCGAGCGGCGGUUCCGAAUGGGUUUUGGAGGACACCAUUCAGAUAAAGAACAUUCCAUUGCCUCAAACAGACUUGAAUUUAAGUAUUGAUUUGGCGCCUCUGGUCGACACCACCUUAAGAAACAAAUGGACGUCCAAUACGUUAGUGAAUCAUCUGACCAGUGGUGGUGAUGAGCACACGACUGAGCACAGGGGCACUAAUAAUAUCCAACGAUUGUUAUCAGUUCCCAGUUAUACAACAUUGCAAUCGCUUAAGAGGAUUAUCUCUGAGAAGGGAAAUCAGUUCACAUUAACGCAGAAAUCUUUAGUACAACUCGAUUGGGUCUCCACUGAAGACGGGUCUCAUGUGCUGACAGUCUCUGCCGGCUCUAAGAUCACACUCUUCACACCCGUCUCCACAGACAUAGCACAGGCCAAUCUCCAGACCCUAAAAGCAUCUGAAAAGUCGAUAAACACUUCAUCGAAUCGAAUGCUACUAAAACAGGCCUCUUCUAUGGCUCCCAUAUCCAGAGCCGAUGAGAUCCGAUGGAUGACAUUGCGCUCAACCGAUUUGGCCACUGCUGAUGGUCUGCCACCACUUCCUAUGCAGUUGGCGUGGGUUAGAGACGGCAUUCUUGUUGUCGGUAUGGAUAACGAAAUGUUAAUUUACACGCAAUGGAAGGGCAAUACAAAUGCUAAUGCGAUCGAGUCUUCAGUCGAAAUAACUGAAUCACGAAUUUUGACCGAAAAAGAGCUCCUGACUCACGCACAGGAAUCCUCACAAUUGCGACUCCCAUCCCAUCCGAGUACAGUUCCGCGCUCUCCGUCUGUUAAUAAACUAACCGCUGGUCUGAAUAAUGAGCACAAGAAGGCAUCGGGCACUCAGAGCACACAACCCACUGAUGGCCAACAGAGUGAACAACAAAUUCCUAACUUUUCUCAUUUGCCGGACUUCGGUAUAUUCGAAGCGAGUCGACUCGCGUGUCCUGUUUUGCCGCAAUACCACCCCAAACAGCUCAUGGAGUUGUUGGCGUUCGGCAAAGUCCAUAGGGUUCGGGCCAUUCUCGGGCAUCUGGUCUCGUGUUUGGCUUCUGUUAAUUCGCAACAAAACGCAUUACCAUAUCAGCCAAGUCUUGCUAAAAGUAUGGGCAGUGAAUCGGAAAAGAGUCCGCGAUCUUGGCUCAGAUCCCGCACGUUAUCGGUUGCGGCGCCCACUUCUCCGCACCAACUAAACAGUCCGCACGACUCGGAAAACUUUCCCAUAAUAGCAGAAGAAGUGCAGUUGGAUUACACGGAAAUCACUUCAAUACGACCCCUUCCUCUCUAUGCGCUCAUCGAAGCGGACGAUAAGAAUGAAUUCCAAUCUAAUAAUAAACCCGACGAUAAUGACUUGGAUUACGACAAUCUGUUUGAUUCCAACUUUAAAUCACAAGUCGAGGACACUUUAGAUGAGAUUCUCGGCAGAAGUGCUUUCAAUUUCAAUACCAAACCAAAGAAACCGAUUCGAAAAGAUAAAGACACGACAAACUUCGGACUAAGACAGGCCCGCAUUCUCACAAAACUGUUGACUCACUCUCACCUACCGGGCCUCUCAAGUCUGGAUCAAAUGCAUUUGCUUGCUUUGGCCGAUUCAGUCGCUUCCUUCAACCCAAACGCUAAUAAGAGCGCUGUUUUGGAUAUGAAUGGGAGAGAAGAGGGCACUGAAGCCAUACCUGUCGACAAUUCUAUAGUUUCUGCCGAUUCCCUGGACAACUGUGGACUAAGAUAUUUGCUAACAAUGAGACAACACGUAUACCUUCUUCGGUGCCUUCCUCUGGUUCAGAGACGAAUACUUCAAAAGGAAGGGUUAGGCACUCAUAGCAUUGUUUGGGCCUUUCAUUCGGAAACACAGGAAGAAUUGGUUCAAUUGGUUCCCUCCAUAUCUAAAGACAACGCUAAUUGGAGUGAACUCAGAGAGAUUGGGGUCGGCUAUUGGAUCAGAAACAACGCAUUGCUUCGGAAAUUAAUUGAACGGUUGGCAAAAGCGGCGUACCUUAAGAACAACAACCCAUUAGAUGCGGCGCUCUUUUACUUAGCGAUGAAAAAGCAGCAAAUAGUUUACCUACUCUUCAGAUCAGUUGGUGACACGAAAAUGACUGAUUUCUUUCAACACAAGUUCUCGGAGGAAAAGUGGAGGAAAGCGGCGCUUAAGAAUGCAUUCGCACUGAUGGGUAAACAGCGCUUUGAACACGCGGUCGCUUUCUUCCUCUUGGCCGGAGCUGUUUGGGACGCCGUUGAGGUCUGUCUCUCUAAACUCGAUGACUUGCAGUUAGCAAUAGUUGUCAUCCGUCUCUACGAGGGGGACAUCGAAACCAUUCCCGAAAACUUGAAACGACUUUUAUUCCAAGAAGUGUUGGGCCGUAAAAAAGACGGUUCUGAUUAUAAGCCAAGUCAUGCACAUCCAGACCCUUUCCUACGAAGUAUGGGUUAUUGGAUACUUCAGGACUACAACACAGCGCUGACCACACUAUUGGAGAGAGACGUCGGAACUUCUCAUCCGAAAUACAUAAACAAUGACGUGGACUGUGAAGGGGUUGGCGUGAGUCCCAGUGUUUUCAAUUUCUACCUCUAUUUGCGGACUCAACCGCUGAUCGUGAAGCGACAGUUCGCGCAAAACAUGAAGGAUAAGAAACAACAUUACGCUAACAUUUCCAGAGGUUUUAUCAGCGAAUCCUCGUAUGGAAGCGAUGCCAUCACACCAUUUGAAAGAAGACUAUUCUUCAUGACAGCGCACUCACACUUUCGCGCCGGGUGUCCAUCAUUAGCGCUGGAAGUUCUUUCACGACUGCCCAACAGAAUAGAGACAAACGAUCGCUUAGAGAGCUCUUCAUUUUCUUUUGACGGCAACGAUAAGUUGUUGGAAGAAUCGGCGCCAAUAGCUACCGGUUCUCUUCAAAACGGAGAUAUCAAUGAUAAUGCAUUCGAUUGGGGCGCUCCCUCCACAUUAGCACCGGUAGAUACGUCAGACUUCCAGUUCUCAGUGGAGCCCUGUUCUGAUGACGAGGAGAGCACCGGUGGUCUUGAGAUGAAAACUGAUGCGACAAAUGAGACACAGAAAAAAGAUGAAAGCGAUAGCAAAGUAAAACUCGAUGUAAUGGCUCAGCAGUUGAAGUUUAUCGCGUGUCUUAAGAUCCUGAUGGAGGAGUUGAGUACUUUGGCCACAGGUUUCGAAGUAGACGGCGGACAACUCCGAUACCAACUCUAUGUUUGGCUCGAAAAGAGUGUUCAGGCCUUGAAGUCUAUCUGUAAUUACCGAACCUUUUCAAUGCGACACACGGCUGAAGAGCGACCAAAUCCUUCGUCAAUGGUUUUGGGAAAUUCUAGUGAAAUCUCACCUUCAGAUCGAUGGACACCCCGGGGCUCACACUCCGAGGCCAGUGGUGUGACUGAGCCAAAGCCUUCAUUACAUGAAAUACUAUUGGCCGAUAAAAUGGAUUUUGAGGCCAAACUGGACCGCUCUUCGCGGCGCAAGUUAUGGCUCACUUCGAAUGAGGCACUUAUGAGGACUCUAUUGAGUUAUUGCAGUCUUCACGGCGCUCAUGGAGGGGGUCUGUCCUCUGUUCGAAUGGAACUCAUUCUUCUUCUUCAAGAGCUUCAACAGGAGAGGUCUCAACAGCAACUCCUAUCGCCGCUUCCAUUCCCUACAACUUUGCCGCUAUUGGCUGCGAGCGUCGCCUGUCAGAAGACAGUGGUCGCCGAUCCCAUCAGACAUCUGCAGUCAGUGACUCACGACAUACUAAACACUGUCUUAGAUAUGACUUCUCCUCCACUAACUGUUACUCCAAAUUAUUCACUCAUUUAUGUGUUAAGAGAUUUGGGAAUAUCUUUAUCUUCGUGUAUAUACCAGUCAUUGUGUGAUUCAGAUGCCAUCACUUCUAAGCCGGGUGUCAAUACCAGAGAUGACUUAAACUCGUCAGUUGUCUGUCAAAACACACACCUAUUGGCUGGACAUCAAACAGUUCGCCGAAAUAUAUCGACAAUUUCGACAACGUCUGAAACUAAUGAAACGUUGACUCCAACAACAGCACCUAAUAAAUGGCCGGGCGUUCAAUCAUUGCGAGCUCUGUUGGCGCGCGACAAAGACGAAGACUCACCAAAAUUGCAUUCAUUGCUCUGCGAGUCAUUUGUGGCCGUCUUCUUAAGUCAAUUCAUAUAUUCUUCGGCCGCUUGUGAUUCCUAUAUGUUGUACCGAUUGAUUGGUAUGGACUUCAAAGAGAGCACUUGGGCUCAACUGUUUGGCGGCGGCGCCAAAAAGCUAAUACACGUGGCGACCGGACAGGCGGCUCAACCACAGCCUCAACCCCAACAACAAAACAGUGAGGAAUCCGAGAGCUCUUCGAUUGACUUCAUUAACACGCUGUCGAAGCAGAGAAUGAAACUCCAUAUGAAGAUAUUGCAGCAAUUGAGUCAAACCGAUAAACCCAUUCCUCCGCCCAAUAUGAAGGAGGAUAGGCCCACAUAUAGGGAACAAUUCAUUCCUCCGCAGACGUCUAUGAUUUCGUUACUAAUGACAAAACCUAUACUUCCCGACGAAUUCAUUCUACUCGACUACGAUUCCAGUGAAUCCGUUCAAACCGAAGAUGAAGAGAACGAAACCACAGAUUUUGAUGAUUUGGGCGCAACUGACAGUGUGUUCGCCGACACUAUGGGCGCACAUCCGUCGGGCACUGGCGUCGAUGAGAAGAAGUUGGAGCAGGAGGUGUACGCCUGGGGUUUAAUACGAUUCUCAGUUCUUAAACUCGCAAAACAACAAUUACUUCAUUUCCUGUCCGUCGCCGGCAUUGAGAUCUCUGACCUCCCGAUCACUAGUCCUUUGAUUCAUUCGGUGCUGAAAACACUGAACGGUUGGGAGACUUAUAUGAAUGACUAUAUGAAUGAAUUCAAUGGUCCGCCCAUACAUUUUCUGCCCAAUACUUAUGUGGAGACCAAUCGAUUGAAUGGACCGGCUAUUCAUAAAUACAAAGCACUUCUUGAGCUAAACAACACUCCAUUUCGUGACCACAACUCUAUAACUAAAGCUUCAAAAAGACUUUGGAAUUAUUUGAUCCGUCAGGAGAGGGUUCAGGACCUCUUCAUUCGGUUUAUAUUUGGAAAACCAAAGUCCGUGCGAACCGUUAUCUCAGACCAGGAGAGCGUCAAUGAAAUGUCGGACACCAAUAAUCCGGAGCCCACGAGGAUUGUACACAAAGAUCAUGAAAACAUCAGCGCCUUCUGUAUUAACCGAACAAAUCCUGGAUUUAUUGCUAUUUCCACUCCUAAGGAGAUCCAAGAGAUGGACAUAUCUAUGCUCUUGGAAUCGACGCCUUUCCUCGAAGAUGAGGCCGAAUAUGAUAUUCUCAAUAUUCAGAAAGCUUCAGAAUCUUUGCCUUCAAUAGACUACCUGUUAGUCCAACACCCGGCCGAUCGGCUUCAGUCAUCUCCAGGAGGACUCGCCAUUCAUUCGUCUGUCUUAAGCACUGCUAACCCUCCCGGAGCCUCUAAUGCUUCCAAUGCUGCAAAGAAUCCAAUUAUGCACAUACUGCUAAACACCACUUUCCGGGCAAUACUAGUCCUCAAUUCUGUCAGUAUAUUCUUGAAAGGAGUCGAUAUAUCUUUCAACCGCUCAAACGCCAUAAGACUGAAGGCGUUCGCCGACUCUGUUCUCAUCCAACGUUACCCUUAUAUCUGUCGGGAUCUCAAGACGGAUCAGUGACCCUCUGGGAGUGGAAACACCACCAGUCGAUCGCGUGUCCCCGUCCGGGCGGCACG